AUGUUGUUGUUGUUGUUGCAGUUCGCCAAACUUUACGACGGCGAAUUGAAUCCGGUGGCGCAGAAGGCGCAACGCAAAGUGCCGAUACCCGACGGACUCGAUCUCGAUUCGUGGAUCGGCGACGAAUGGGUCUCGUCGGCCGAUGAGUCGUCCGACGAUUCCGACGUCGAAGCGACGUUUGGACAGCCGGUGCAUCGGCCGCACAUUGGCGGCGGCGGCGGCGGCGACGAGCAGAUGUUUGAGAAUGCCGACGAGGCGGCGCCGACGGAGAAGCGCAAAAGCAAAAAGGUCGACGCGCACGAGCUCACGCCUCAACAAAUCGAAGCCAAACGGAAGCAGCGAGAAGCUGAAAUUGAGAACAAUCCCUACUAUGUCAAAGGAAGCGCUCAGCAGCCGAAGCGGCCGAAGAAAUUUGGGAAUGUGAUCGAAAAAGUCGAAGAGGCGGCCGACAUUCAAAGUCCACUGGAGAUUCCCGGCGUCGUUGGGCUUCAUCGCUACAUGGAGCAGCAGGAUUCGACGUUGAGCUGGAAGAAGGCCAACGAGGAGAAGACGACGAAGAAGGCGAAGAAGGGCAAAAAGGGCAAGAAGAGCAAGAGGCGGACGACGAGCACCAGCAGCGAGGAGGAGGACGCGAUCAGCCAUAAGGUGAAUCGCGCCGACGGCGAGAUGCCCGAAGGUGCGCGAUCGACCGACGAUGAGGAUAGCACGAAUCAAACGAUCAAUGAGUUCAAGGCGCUCGACAUCGAUCUCGACGCGCCACUUCGUCCCGAUGAGGUCGUCAAAGCGCCGCAAGCGUACUCGCGAACGUAUCCGUCGAAACCGGGACCAUUGGUGCCGAGACCGCCGACGACGUUUGAGCCGAAACCGCCAACGGCGUACAACGCGCCCGAAGUUGGUGGCGUCGAGAAGGCGAAGACGAAAAAGAAGAAGACGACGACGACGUCGAAAAAGGUGACGAAGACGGAGAAGGAGGGGCCGAGUGAAAAGAAGAUCAAAAAGAAGAAGAGCGCGAAAGAUUCUUUGAUAAUGCAGAAUCAGUCGACGUCGUCGAAAUCGAAUUUGUUCAAUAUGGAUGAUUGGUUGGAUGAGAAGGCGACAUCGGAAAAGAAGACGAAAAAAUCGCGGAAGAGUCGAGAGGCGUACGAGGAGACGUCGGGCGUCUGCACGCCGUCGAUUCCGGUGCAAAACGUCGUCGACGAAUUCACGCGACUCGGCGGCAACAAGACGAUCAGUCUGGCGAUUCUCCCGCGCGCCAGCACCGACGCCAUGGAGCAGGGACGAGUGACGAUUCUCGUGAACGUCCAGAAUCUCGGAAGCGCGAGACUCGAGAGAGUCGAGCUUAGCAUGGUGGACACGCUGAGCGCGAAUGUGUUGAAGAGCGAUCGCGACGCGCUCGCGUUGUGCUCGUCGCUCGACGCUCACGCCGGCGUCGACACGUCGUUCGAGAUUCGCGUGCAGUCGAUUGGAGCGUCGCACACGAUGCGCGGCACCGUCACCUAUUUCAUUGUCGACGAUGGCGGCGGCGUUGUUGAGGAGAAGCUCGACGUGCGACUCAAUCUGUCGCCGACGACGUUCGUCAUCGCAUCGACGAUUCGAACGGACGACUACUCGGCGCUUCUGGCGUCCGACGACGUCGACUUUGCGUCGUCGUCGCAAGUGAGCACCGACAAAGAGCUGAAGCACGUGUUGGCGAGCGUUUCGAAACGCGCCCACUUCACGAUUGUCGAGGAGACGCCGAAAGCGGCUUCGUUGUUCGGACGACUCAUCGAUGGACGGCCAAUUUGUCUACUAAUCAAGAAAAUUACGUCUGGAAUUCAAAUCGACGGCAAAGCCGGCGAUGAGUCGCUGAUUCAAUCGGUCGUUCAAUGUGUCGCCGAGAUGUGCGCAAAACUCUAA